CGGACAGUCAAUCGCACAAAACAACUCAGUACGACGAACCCUGAGGUCGGUCAUGCAGGAAAUACACAAUGACAUCGCCGUGGCGCUACUGCUUGUUCUUAUCUCUUCUUUCGGCUCUGAAGAUUCACACCGCACAUUCGGCUCUCGAUUUGUCUCCUGGUGGAACUCAUGCCGAAAGACCAGAAUCAGGGUGAAGAGGCUCCUGAAGGUCCAGUUUACCUUCACAACAUCCUGAAGAACCACACUGCUCACGCUUGUGAAGGAGACACGCUCGUCAUCGAGUGUCCCUCGAGGACGUCCGUGGCCGUCGUCUCAGCUUUCUAUGGACGACGUGUUCCCAAUCAGCAUUUAUGUCCCUCGGCAAACACAACUGCGGAGGAGGACAAAGAAUGCACCUCCCCAGUUGCUAUCGAGAAAGUGGAGUCAGAGUGCCGCGAUCGGCGGUUCUGUCACAUCCCUGUUUUAAGUCCGGUGUUUGGGCAGGACCCCUGUCCCCUCACCAGCAAGUACCUUCUAGUCUUCUACAAGUGCAGACCAGAACACCACCGCACGAGGCUGGUGUGUGAAAAUGAGCGACUGAGGCUGAUGUGCAAAAACGAAACUGUCCUGGCGAUCUACUCGGCCACGUUUGGACACCUGCUGCACGGCAGCCCUCACUGCCCUCAGGAACACGGAUCACACGCGGACAUGGAGUGUUUGUCCUCUUCGGCUCUGAGGAAAGUGUCACGCAGGUGUCACAGCAGAGCAAACUGCUCAUUAGUGGCCGAUACCCAAACCUUUGGGGACCCCUGCUUCCCCGGCACCAGGAAGCACCUGCGAGUCUCCUUCACUUGUGUGCCCAGGUAUCUUCUGGAGGAUGUGGGUCGAGGGUCAACGGAUCCCUUCAUGAUCUCGGACUACACACAUGGUGGAUGGUACACUGGCCCCACCUACAGGCCUCAAAACGUGCUCUUUACCAACUAUCUGGAGAUCAUUGAAAAAAUAUUGGAUUUCCCAGAGCGUGUUGCUCUGUACUUUGUCUCCGGCAUCUGUGCUGGUCUGGUGUUCCUGCUCUGCCUGUUCGGUAUACGGUCCACACUGGUGAAGGAUGUUAAAAACCUGGUUGCUGACCUGAAGGAGGAGUUGAAGGCGUCUCGCAGAAAGCGCAAGGAGCUCAUGGAGGACCUCUUCGACGAUGACAUCUCAGACACGUCGUCCUUCCGUCACCUCACACAGUCCUACCGAACGGCAGAAAUCCUCAGUGCUUCCACAUUGGCGGUGGAGAUGGUUGACCGAGAGCCGGAACAGACGAGGGCUCUGCCCAACGGAGACAUCUGGCCACAUCGAGACUCAAGCCCUUACGCCAUUCAUAAGAUUAAAACGUACAACAACUGAGAAAAGUCAAAUGUAUGAGUGACUACUACUUUGAAAGCAUACUUGUGGAAUGAUUUAAGUUGUGGACUGAAAUGACAUACAUUUAUUUUAAUUAUCCAUGUACGUAGUCAGUCAUGGCAAAGUGACUAACAAUAAAGAGUGAGCUAUACAAAAUC